GUCAUAUUUGACAUUUUAAUUAUCAACCUUAUCUAUUUUUAAUAAAAUUUAUUUCAAAAUGGAUUUGUUGGGUUCAAUAAUGAGUUCAAUGGACAAACCACCUUCUUUAAGUGAGGCUGAGAAAAAUCUCAUCAAAAAAAAGAAGGCGGAAAUUGAAAAAAAUAAGGAAUUAGAAAAAGAAAAAUUGAACAGAUUUAAGGAGAGAGUCGAAACAAAAUUCGAUAACUACUUCAAAGAUAAAAAGAAUGUAAUGUUAAAAUUUGAACCUAUGGACCAGAUUUAUCGAAGUAUUGUACAUGAAGUCGCAGAUAGUAAGGGAUUACUUUCAUAUGCUUUUGGAGUGGAUGGAGUCGAUAGAUACAUAAGGGUAUACAGAAAGGAAAAUGCACCAUCUGCAGAUGAAAUUGCGGCAAGGAAGAGAGGGGAGCCCUGGAAUGAUUUUAUUCAACAACAAUUAAUUGAAAAGAGGGAACAAGAAAGAUUAAUGGAAGAAGAGUAUGCGAGAAACAAAAAAAAUGUGUUUGUCCCCAAUUAUAAUUAUAAAGAUAAAUAUGCUCAUUUAAUUGGACAAGAGGCAGCCCUAGAUGCUGCCAAAAAGACUGAGACUAACCAAAGUUAUGGAUUUGUACCUAGUAAGAACAAGAAAGAUAGCCGUUCAAUUGAACAAACGAUGGCCGAUAUUAAGGCUAAAAAGCGACAAAAGUUGUGCGAAAACGAAGAAGAUUUGCAACAGUAGAUGCCUAAUAUAUUUUUAGUUUACUGAUAAAAUAGAAAUAAUGAAUUGGCUUAAAUGAUAUUAAGAAUAGCAAGUAAGAAAGAGAUAGUUAUUAUUUACUUUAACAUGUAACUUAUUAAAUAAUAAACUCUGAUAAAUGAA